AUGGGCUCCCUAAACUGCCCUCAGGCCCAUCCUCCCAACCAUGCCGGCCACCAUGCCGCCGAUGAUGCCUGUGCCAAUGCCAAUGCCAACGAUGAUGCGCGGCACACAGACGGCCAUGCCUGGCCUAAGCCGAUGUUAUCGCCCGGCCUGCCGCUGAUGCCACCCAUGAUGGGCACGGGCACCUGGAGCCAUUUAGCCUUCGCCUUAAUUCUGGUGGUGGUGCUUCUCUUCCGCUUAUGGGAAGGAAAUGCCUUGGUCCAGUGUGGACGACAAUCUCCUUUUGUUGCGUCCAAGUGUGUUUGUGGUGGCACCUUACCAUACAUCUGUUGGAUCUCGGAAAGUUUCAACGCGUUGUACUUGGAACCAGACAUGAAUCCUCGUAUCAUUGGGCAAACGUAUUGUUGGUUAGUCCUCGCACUAUGCCCUGCAGUGGAAGGCAUCCUACUGCUGCUCGCGUGGCAGCGACGCAGUGACUGGCCUGCGGGCAUAUUGAGUAGUUGCUACCUCUUGUUGGUUGUAUUUCCAGAUACCUUGCCACAUCGAUGGCUCUUCCUGCAUUAUGGUACUGCGAUGGUAAGUAUGGGUGUUGCAAUUCUCUUCCAGUUCACCCUACCUUGGCGAUGUCUCUGUAUCACAUUCGCUGGCUACUUCAUCUACUACUUCAGCCUUAGUGAGCUGUGCGUCAGUCAAGGGGCUCAACGCAAACUCGCUUACGACUGGAGCUUUACUCCGGGGAUUGACAUGAACCCUGGAUCCUUGGUGAUGGUGAUCCUGGAAUGGAGCUUAUCUUUUGGUGGAAUCACCGUGGUCAUCUCCUAUUGCAUCUCCGAGAUUGUGAAACAGAAACAGGAGAAUCAGCUGGUCAUCAAAGACAGCAGUGGUGUGACCGUCAGUGUUGUAUAG